GGGCACUGACAAGGAGAAUUGCGAAAUCUCGGGAGUUGAGGAAGAAGGGACAUUGCCACAAAACAGGUUUCUUUUGUUUUGGGACUCCUUAUUGGAUGGACUAUUUAUGACUUGACAGUCAAUUAGCCAGUGGCCAGCUGGGGUGCAUAGAGCGACAGUCAUCACUCCAGUAAGGCAAACAGAGUUGCAACAGGGUAAAUUAGAAGAAGAAACCUGGUAGAUGAAAUGGCAAAAAGUCUUUUGACAUCUUCUCUGUCUGUGAGAACAAAACUGUUACAAACGGGAGUGUCGCUUUAUAAUACAUCUCAUGGCUUCCACGAGGAGGAAGUGAAGAAGGUGCUAGAGCAGUUUCCCGGCGGAGCCAUUGACCUUCAGAAGAAAGAGAAUGGCAUUGGCAUUCUGACCCUGAACAACCCCAGUAAAAUGAAUGCUUUCUCAGGUGCCAUGAUGCUACAACUUCUGGAAAGGGUAAUAGAAUUAGAAAACUGGACCGAAGGAAAAGGCCUCAUUGUCUGCGGAGCAAAAAACACCUUUUGCUCAGGAUCCGAUCUGAAUGCCGUGAAGGCACUCUCCACUCCAGAGAAUGGAGUGGCCUUAUCUAUGUUCAUGCAAAACACCUUAACAAGAUUUAUGAGACUACCGUUAAUAAGUGUUGCUCUGGUUCAAGGCUGGGCAAUGGGUGGAGGAGCAGAGUUUACUACAGCGUGUGAUUUCAGGUUAAUGACUGUGGACAGUGUGAUCAGAUUUGUCCACAAGGAGAUGGGUAUAGUUCCAAGCUGGGGUGGUGCCAGCCGGCUGGUUGAAAUCAUUGGCAGCAGACAAGCUCUCAGGGCACUAAGUGGAACGCUCAAACUGGACUCCAAGAAAGCUCUAAGUAUUGGCUUGGCUGAUGAGGUCUUACAGACUUCAGAUGACGCUAAGGCUCUGGAAGAGGCAGAGGAGUGGCUGGAGCAAUUUGUCAGUGGACCUCCGGAAGUCAUUAGGGGCUUAAAAAAGUCUGUCUGUUCAGGUCGAGAACUGUAUUUAGAGGAGGCAUUACAGAACGAACGAGAUGUUUUGGGAACACUGUGGGGUGGACCUGCAAAUUUAGAGGCUAUUGCUAAGAAAGGGAAACAUACUAAAUAGUUUUAAAAAUGUGGGUAUAUUACAAGUGACACCGCAGUGAG